AUAGUGAAUGUGUGAAAUACAUAGGCAAAGGAACAAAGGAAUUGAAUUCAAUAUACAAAAUUCUAAUGCGAAAACAAAAGAAGAAGAUUCCUUGUUCUCAUUUUUGUAGCCUUUACCUCCUGGUAGGGAUAAGUGAGAUUUUAUUUCCAAAACGUAGCGGGAAAGUGUUUCCCGUAAUGUUUAAUGUUGUUGACAACUUAAGUGCUUUGGGUAGUUAUUGUUGGGGUAGUCUAGUUUAUCGUUUUCUGUUACAUAGUUUGUGCAAAGCUUCAAAAGGCUUGAAGAAAGGCAAAGGUAUUUCAAACGUUUACGUCAACGGUUGUGUGUACAUGCUGCAGGUAUGGUUUUUUGAGCUGUUUGUUCCACCAAAAGGUCCUAUUGAUAAAUUUCCACGAAUAUUGCAUUGGAUGAAUAUAAGUGUUGGAGACAAGUUUGUUAAACGGUGUAUGGAGACAGGUUUGGUUGUUGACGAUGUUUAUGGUGGUCCUUCAACGAAGGAUAAGGAGGAAAACAGACCAACACCUAAAAGAAAGGAUGUUAAACCAAGAGGAAAGAAGAAACAAAAAAGAAUUCGCAGAGAAACUUUUAUGCGUGCCUUAGAUGAACAAGAAUUUCUAAUUGAAGAACUUAAAAGGAGGGUUGCAACUUUGGAGGCACAAUUGGCUGAAGAGAAGGCAAGAAGGCAAAAUAAAGAUGACGUUGGACAAAGUGUGCCUCGUACAGAACCAUCUGUGAACACUGGUUUUGUAUCCCCUAUUGACAUUGACGGAAAUGAACAACCUUUGAAGACGUAUGUUAGGGUUGGAUCACGAAGGCGUUACAAGGGAAGAGCACUUAGGACUCCAUACACCGGGACCGUAGUGCUUAGAAUAAAAAAUGAGUGAUCUGUGUAUUUAGUUGAUUGAAAAUGUUAUUUGGAAAGUAAUGAAAAUUGUAAUCAUUGUAAAUAGAUUAAGAAAACAAUGUUCAAUGUAUCCGAUUUGGUUCAAUGAAAUAAAAUUUGAGU